AUGGCUACGACCGACGCUGCCGUGGCCUCUGCCCCCGGCGGCACGCCCGCUGCGUCCCAAUCGAAGCGUGACCGCAAGCGACAGGCUCUCCAGGACCGCCUCACCGUCAUGAGCGAAAAAUUUCAGCGCGAACAGGACCCGACGUAUCGCGACCAGCUACAAAAGGUUCAAUUUGAAAUCAACCUCGUGCAGCGGUUCGACCCAUAUGCGGAGAACCCGCUCGACGCGGCUGAUGAACUGCGCAAAGAACACAAACAGGUCCUCGGCCCCAUGGCCAACUCGGACAAUGCGCGAAGCAUGAUUGACAUGGCUGGUAUUCGAUUCCCUGAGUUUAUGGACGACCUUGAGGAUCUUGUGGAAAUUCGCGACUUUCAGUUGGCGCAGUCAAAGAAUGAAUACGACCGCAAAGUGCAAGAAUAUAAGAACACACAUACCUACAAGGUCGAAACGGCUAAACGCGAGCACCGAGCUCUCUCAAGGACCCUCCGCGACCGACUUGUAAAUACCCUCACGCAGAAGAAGAACCGACUCAACCGUGAAAAGGAAGUGCUCGAAAUCAAUGACUCCAACGCCCUCCUCCUCAACCCAAACCAGUUCAGCCUGACGAACCCCGGCUCGCCCGGCGGUGCCCACGGCAAGCGGGCCACCCGCCUGCGCAAGGACGUCGACGACCUGACGCUGUUUCCUGAUAGCAAGAAGCGCAAACGCAACCUCGAGGACGACGCCUCGGCGCCCGCACGCCGCGGCAUGGAUCCCAGCAGCACGACGCCGCUGUGGCAGUCGGAAAAGGCCCGCGCAUUGGCCAAGCUAAACGGCCCCGUCUACAGUAUCGACAAGCUCUUUACGGACAAGGAGCUCUCGAUGCACUACAACACGGCGGCCAUUGCCGCCCACCAGUACGUUCUGCGCAACCGCGCCAACGGCAACGCGUCGCUGCCCGACGACGACAGCGACUCGGGCCACGCCAACGGCGAUGGUGGCGACGACGACGAGUCGACGCCGUCGGCCGCGCCCGCCAUGGAGCGCAACGUCUCCCACGCGACUAGAAGCACGCGGGGCGGAGGCGCUGCGGCAGCGGCCUCGGCGGCGGCGGCCGCGCAAAACUUUCUCGACGACAAGAUCCUGGGCCUCGAGGGCAUCGUCAACUUUGAUCUGCCGGGCAACCUGGACCUGAUCCACGCGCAGGAGCCGCCCAAGAUGCCGCCGCCGGUCCCGCAGCAGUACCUCAAGCCGUACCCGCGCUCGGCGGACCAAAACUUUCCCGUGUCGCUCUCGCAGGACGACAUCGCCGCGGACCUGACCAUCAUGGGCUUCUUCAAGCAGUACGACCAGACGCACCACCGUCCCGGCGCGCACCUGGACGCGCCUACCGGCAUGCGGAGAGUGCUCGAGACAGUCGCCACGCCGUACCACCGCGGCAAGUAUGUCGGCCUCACCGCCGCGCCCCGCGACGAUCCCGAGGCCAUCAGCGAGAGUCUCGGCCUCACGAGCAGUCUGCGCGACCAGCCCAGCCCCCCGGGUCCUUCGGGCGCCGCGUCCUCCUUGGCUGCCGCGGCGGUCCCCAUGAGCAGGCAGAGCAGCGGCGGCACGGCCAUGAGCCGCCAGGCCACGGGAGGCAGCGGACGAGGCAAGGGCCGACGCGGUUAG